AUGACAUCAUCUCCUAUUGCGUCAAGAAAAUGCAGGAAUUUAAUAACAAAUGGCCGAUGGGCAAAUUAUGGCCGCACCAGUUACGGCGGCAAUCCUGUUGUUCAACAAACAUUACCUGCAUUUUAUUUAUACUUUACCCCUGUUUACGUCGUACUUGCCUUUUUCCUUGUGGCGGCAUUAUUUAUUCCAUUGGGUGUUAUUUCUAUCCUUGCCAGUGAUCGCUUCUAUGAGGUACGGCAAGCGUACAACGAGAUUCAUCGGUACCAGUAUAUACCGACAAACCCAGCGGUCAAUAUAAAUCAAGGUAUUCGAUCAUUUACGGUAGGAAAUAAAACAUACAAGCAAGGCACCCGUACACGAGUCAUGCUGGAGGUGCGUGAGACAUUAAAAGCUCCGGUGUAUCUUUACUAUACAUUGGGGAACUUCUUUCAAAACUUUAGGGAUUACCACAAUGGGGCCUCACGGAACUUGCUGCGUGGAACCGAACGUCGUAGUGGGAGGUACAAGGAAUGUGAACCGUUUCAAAAACCCGGAUUUUUGAAUGAUGCGCUGGGAAAAGAAGUACACGUUGAUGUUGACGGUAAAAUACAUGUGAUGCAUUACGGGGAUUUUAUUUAUAACCCGUGUGGGAUGGCACCAUGGUCCAUGUUUAAUGAUACCUUUGUUCUUUACCGUGUGGUAAACCCAAAGACUGGCAACGCACCAUCCGCAGCCGAUCUCGUUAUGAUUUGUAAUUCGAGUGAUUUUGGUCCCAGAGGCGAACCCCUCGGUCAAAGUGCCUCGCCCAAUCACUGCCACAAGAAGGGUAUCACUUGGAAAGCAGAUGAAGAGAUACGAUAUAAGCCGUUGCAACCACAACUUAAAUGGUGGUCUCUGCGCUAUCCCUACCCUAAUGAUAAUGUGUAUCUCACAAACGGAUGGUACGUGGAUGAGCCCGGACAUAGUUUAACCGAUCCAUCCGAUUAUGACUUACAAGUGUGGCUACGAGGAGCGGCGCUACCAAACUUUAGGAAACUGCUUCGAAUUAUUGACGUGGACCUUGAAAAGGGACAAUAUGUCAUGGAAAUUGAAGAGUUUUUUGACGUCACGACAUUUCGAGGAUCAAAAGGGUUUCUUCUCCGUACAACUUCGUGGGUAGGAAAGGACGGUCAUGCCCUUGGAAUCGCCUUUCUUGUCGUUGGGGCCCUGUCAUUUGUAUUGGGUGCAAGUUUUGCUAUUGAGUUUUUUUUGCAGCGGAACAGGGAUGAUCGCCCGCUGCCGGAACCCAAAGCACGUUGGUACAUAUUUGACCCCAAUGGUGUUGAAAUGAGGGUAUAUUAUGAACAAUUAACCAAACGUCAAGUACCCAAAAGACAAAGUUUUCAAAAUGAAAUACAAUAA